GUGGGUGGAAGGGCGGGGAGAGGUUCCCCCUUUAAAUACCGCGCCCGGCCACACUGCACCGCUCACCCCGGCGCCUGCUCGCUCCCUCACCCGCCGCCGCUGCCGAAUUGUGCCGAAGAGGAGGGGGCGUUCCCCAGACCAUGGCAUCAACAGAAGGUGCCAACAUGCCCAAGCAGGUGGAAGUGCGGAUGCAUGACAGCCAUCUCAGCUCGGAGGAGCCCAAGCAGCGGAACCUGGGGCUCCGCGUCUGUGACAAGUUGGGGAAGAACCUCCUGCUGAGCCUGACCGUGUUCGGUGUCAUCCUGGGGGCAGUAUGUGGAGGGCUUCUUCGCUUGGCAUCUCCUAUCAACCCUGAUGUGAUCAUGCUAAUAGCUUUCCCAGGGGAUAUACUCAUGAGAAUGCUAAAAAUGCUCAUUCUCCCUCUAAUCAUCUCCAGUUUAAUCACAGGGUUGGCGGGCCUGGACGCAAAAGCCAGUGGGCGCUUGGGCACAAGAGCCAUGAUAUACUAUAUGUCCACCACCAUUAUCGCUGCUGUGCUAGGAGUAAUCCUGGUCCUGGCCAUCCACCCAGGCAAUCCCAAGCUCAAGAAGCAGCUGGGGCCUGGAAAGAAGAAUGAUGAAGUGUCCAGCCUGGAUGCCUUCUUGGACCUUAUUCGGAACCUCUUCCCUGAGAACCUUGUCCAAGCCUGUUUUCAGCAGAUUCAAACUGUGACAAAGAGGAUCACGGUGGCACCACCAACAGAUGAGGAUGGCAAUGUGACCCAUGCUGUGGUUUCCCUGCUGAACGAGUCUGUGACAGUGGCACCUGAGGAAACAAAAGUGGUCCUCAAGAAGGGCCUGGAAUUCAAGGAUGGCAUGAACGUCUUAGGUCUGAUAGGGUUUUUCAUUGCUUUUGGCAUUGCGAUGGGGAAGAUGGGAGAGCAAGCAAAGCUGAUGGUGGAAUUCUUCAACAUUUUGAAUGAAAUUGUAAUGAAGUUAGUGAUCAUGAUCAUGUGGUACUCUCCCCUGGGUAUCGCCUGCCUAAUUUGUGGGAAGAUCAUUGCAAUCAAGGACUUAGAAGUGGUUGCUAGGCAACUGGGGAUGUACAUGAUCACGGUGAUUGUGGGCCUCAUCAUCCAUGGGGGCAUCUUUCUCCCCUUGAUUUACUUUGUAGUGACCAGGAAAAAUCCUUUCUCCUUUUUUGCUGGCAUUUUCCAAGCUUGGAUCACUGCCCUGGGUACCGCUUCCAGUGCUGGAACUUUGCCUGUCACCUUCCGUUGCCUAGAAGAAAAUUUGGGGAUUGAUAAACGUGUGACCAGAUUUGUCCUCCCCGUUGGAGCAACCAUUAACAUGGAUGGAACAGCCCUGUAUGAAGCGGUGGCCGCAAUCUUUAUUGCCCAAAUGAAUGGUGUCGUCCUGGAUGGGGGCCAGAUUGUGACAGUGAGCCUCACGGCCACGCUGGCGAGUGUCGGCGCAGCCAGUAUUCCCAGUGCUGGCCUGGUCACCAUGCUCCUUAUUCUGACUGCUGUGGGUCUGCCAACGGAGGACAUCAGCCUGCUGGUGGCUGUGGACUGGUUGCUGGACAGGAUGAGAACUUCCGUCAAUGUUGUGGGUGACUCCUUUGGGGCUGGGAUUGUCUACCACCUCUCCAAGUCUGAGCUUGAUUCCAUUGAUUCCCAGCACCGAGUGCAUGAAGACAUUGAAAUGACCAAGACUCAAUCCAUUUAUGAUGACAUGAAGAACCACAGGGAAAGCAACUCUAACCAAUGUGUCUAUGCAGCACACAACUCUGUCAUUGUAGAUGAGUGCAAGGUAACUCUGGCAGCCAAUGGAAAGUCAGCCGACUGCAGUGUUGAGGAAGAACCUUGGAAACGUGAAAAAUAAGGAUAUGACUCUCAGCAAAAUCUUGAAUAAACUCCCCCCCAGCGUAUCUUAUGGUAAAUGAGGAUAUAAACAAGCUUUCUUUAAAAAAGGAAAAUAAAAUACCUAUAUUUCUAUGUUUACUUAUUCUGUUAGCUGAGGCUUAGUGGAUCUGUGGUGAGCCAGUGAUAGGCACGGUGCUGUGUCUUUGCCAAAUAAUGCUUCAUAACCAUCUAAUGUUCUCACUUGUAUUACUGUUUGAAUGGAUGCUGCUGGAGAAAUCAGUUUGAAUGGAAGAUGCAUUCUUGCCAGCUUCCCUUUUUCUCUCAAGAUGCAGAAACUCGGAUGCUCUUUUCCCAGAGGACACGACCUAAGUCGUUCAGUGCACUCUGGGGAGAGUAUGUAUUCUUUCAAGCACUCUCCAUGCCUCGCCAUGGAGCAUACAAGAGGUUCUGCUUGAAGCCUUUAGAAUAAUUUUCCCUUAAAGAUUCUGUAGUAUUUGCCCAUGUGUUUGUUAAAAGCAAGCACCUAUCUUAGGGAACUCUGGCGAUUUGUCUUUAAAAAAAAAAAAACUUUCAAAGAGAGUUUAGUGGGAAGCAUCCUCUUAAAGAGCUGAUUAUGGAACAAAGUCUGCUCCACCUUCUCACAUUUAUGGGAUUAAUAAUUGAAAUUUCUGUUUGCUUUUAAUUGACUCCUGAUUUGAUCCUUUUUAAGAAGUGAUUUGCAUAUGCCCCUUUAUAUAUUGAGAAAAGUAAAGGUACAGAGCCAGCCUACAUUUUCAUCCCAUUCAAAUUGGUUGAUGUUUGGUUUGCAUUUUCCUGCCAUCAUGAAAUCAAGUGAGGUUAUUUGAUCAAUGCUUCAUAAAAUUUUUGUUUCUAACAGAAAAGUUUGUUUUAGCCUUCUCAUUAUUUCAUACAUACUAUCAUUGAAUCUGGAAACCUAAUCAUUUUAUUCUCCACACAUGGAGGAAAGUUUUGUUGACUUUGCCCUUUUUAGUACUAUCUCUUGAUGAAACAAAAAACAAACUGGUAAUUUGUAUAGAACUUUGUGUUAUAUUCUAUCAAAGCACAUUAAUCAUUUGAAAGCAGAGCCAAUUUUCCUCCCUGCUCUUCUCUGAAAAAAGACAGAAAAAUGAACAAAAUCCCAGAAAGAUGGCAUUACUAAGUCAAGACCACUGGAAGGUCAAGAUGACCUUGAACCUGAAGUGAAAAUGAAAGACGGCUCCUCACAACUCAGAUGGAGUCUUUUCGAGGCUGUGAAAGUUGGAAAGAAUACAUAAUGUACUUGGAAUUAGCACAAUGUCUUGCAUGCUAUAGACACUCGAUGAAUCCUGAAUAAUUGAUUAUGCGAGCUAAAUUUUUCAAUGUCUCUCGUAUCAUUUUCUAUCACAUAACACAGUAUUUUUGUAUAGUUGCUGGGCUUGGGAGUCUGCUGAGGACAUGAGCAUGAAUCACUAAGAAAUAAAGCACAUUUGGCUCCAAGGA